AGACACAAAGGCACACAGAGACACAGAGAGAGAGAGAGAGAGAGAGAGAGAGAGUGACACAGAGAGUGUUGUGUGCGUGGUAGUGAAGAAAGAAAGAAUGCCUCACAGUAGUUUUUCGGGUUCUCUGACAACUCCGACUGUGGACGUGGCGAUCGACACGGGCAACGCCUUCUUCAACCACACCAUUGAUGGGUUCUUGAAGAUCGGCGCCGUUGCAGCUACCAGAGCAGCUGCAGAGGAUGCAUAUGACGCCGCGAAAAGAGGGAGUAUUUCACGUCACAAUUUGGAGCACUCGCUGAAGAAGAUGUGCAAAGAAGGCGCGUAUUGGGGAACUGUGGCUGCUGUUUAUGUGGGAAUGGAGUAUGCAGUAGAGGGGGCUCGUGGCACCAGAGACUGGAAGAAUGCCACGAUUGGCGGUGCGUUGACAGGUGCUAUAACAGGUGCUCUGAUAUCUGCAGCCGGCCACAAUAACAAAGACAAGGUUGUGGUGGAUGCCAUUACAGGCGCCGCAAUUGCAACUGCUGCGGAGUUCCUCAACUAUCUCACCUGAACCGGUGUUCAUUCUGAGGAGGAAGAACUGUCUGGUCUGUUUCUUAUGUUAUUUUUCUUGUGAGUUUCUAAGUUUGUAAGACAAACAAGUGAAUGAUUGCUGGUAGUCAAUCGAGUCUAACUAGUUGGUGCAAUCUAUAGGUGUUUUUAACAUUCCUUUCCUAGCCAAAUAAAUGAAAGGGUGUUCUUUUUCCCU